AUGGUUAGAGAAAUUAGUAUCGAAGAAGUUAAAAAACACCGCGAUAGUAAAAGCGUUUGGAUAAUUAUACAUAAUGAUGUUUACGAUGUAACAAAUUUUUUGGAAGAGCACCCUGGUGGUGAAGACUCACUUCUAGAAGUAGCUGGAGAAGAUGGCACUCAAAGCUUUGAAGAUGUUGGUCACAGUGCUGAUGCUAGGGAUUUACUAAAGAAAUAUAAGAUUGGUACCUUGCCUCAAGGAGAAAUAAACAAUAAGCUGGCUGACACUGAUAAUAGAUUUUGUUAUGUAAAAUGGCUGAAAAUAUUAAAGCGAGUUGUUCUAGUGCAAAACAACCUCAGAGAAAAAAAAAUGCGACUAGAUGAUCCAUCUUUCGAAGACGAAAUAACUUCUUUAUUGUUGGCUUUGGAUCAGUCAGACGAUGAGAUAGAUAUUGAAAAUUGCUUGUUAUCUGAGGCGGACCCGACAAACUGUCAUGAUAGUGAUUCAGGUGAAGAGGUCAACGACCUUGAAGAUGCAGUCGAUAGUGACAAUUUAGACGCGCCACUUUCUGAAUUACGCACGAACUAUUAUUAUGGGAAAAAUCGUUAUAAGUGGACAAAGACGCCACCGUUAACAAGAGUACGUAUAUCUCAACACAAUAUUAUAUCAGUUCGUACAUCUUCUUCGAACUUGUCAGCCGACUGUGAGAAAGAUCCAUUCAGUAUAUGGAACAAGUUAUUCGACGAUGAAAUGCUCCAUCAAAUUUUGACCUGGACUAAUGCAAAAAUUUAUAUCUACAAAACUAAGUUCGCGCGUAGCAAUCGACCCGAACUGAACGAUUUGGACUUAGUUGAGCUGAAAGCGUUUAUUGGUCUACUAUUUUAUUCUGCUGUUUUGAAGUCGAACCACGAAGACACAAGUUACUUAUUCGCAUUAGAUGGUACAGGCUGUGAGAUAUUCAGGUGUACAAUGUCGGAAACCAGAUUUCUUAUAUUGUUACUGUGCCUUCGUUUCGAUGAUCCUAAUGAAUGUGAUGAGAAGAAAAAGACUGACAAGUUAGCUGCUAUAUCCCCCAUUUUCAACAAGUUCGUAAGUAAUUCGCAACAGUUGUACGAACUAAGUGAAUGUGUAACUGUGGACGAAAUGCUAGUCAAGUUUCGUGGAAGAAGUCACCUAAUAUCAUACAUGCCUAAAAAACCAGGUAAAUAUGGUCUAGUGAUACGAGCAUUAUGCGACGCUAAGAACUUUUAUUUUUAUAAUGGCUAUGUAUAUUCUGGAAAAGACUCCGAUGGUAUUGGGUUGACAGUAGAAGAAAAGAAAUUCCUAGUCCCCACACAUUGUUGUUUACACACAUUGAAGAAUAUGGAAAAGGAAAAAACAUGGAGAACAUAUGAUGGAUCCUCAAGAAGCCGAUCAAGGUCGCCCAAACCUGAGCGUAAUCUUCCAUGUUCACCGAGACCAGAAAAAAGGAUACAGAGGAUUGUAGUUCCACGGGAGAGGUUCAAACUUAAGCUUUCUUUUUCGAAAUUGAAAUGGGCAAUUCUGGCAUUAGCAGGCGCCAUCAUCGUCGGUGUAGUUUUGCGCAAGUACCUGCGUUAA